UGGGAUUGUCAGGCAAUGACUGCUUUCAUUGCAUUCUCUGUCAUCUAUAAUAUAGAGUCAUAGACUAAUAGUGAGAGUUAUUCUAACAAUCAUUGAAAAUCAUUGAAAAGUUUGGUUUUCAGACAAACGACAAACUCAUGAACAGUGAGAGACUCUUCAUUCACUCGCUUUUGAUGAGACAUUAAACGGAUUGCAAUUAACAGUGUAUUCAAUGAAAAGUUUAUCAUUGAUAUAAUUGAUGUGUUGAGUGAAAUGCUUGAGUUUGGAAACCCAUCGGCAGUCCCGACACCACCUAAUAACGCGUCCUCCAUGUUAUCCAUGAUCAACAUGAAUAUGCACGAAGCGGCCACUCAUAGACACAACCCCUUCCACCCCCUCUCCGCACUUCACUCCAUGGCUGACCUCAAAGUCAAUACCGGUGUCUCAUCGCAGUCGUCAAUGAUUGCCAAUCCCUCUCAUUAUCGUAAUUCACCCCCAAAUGUGAAGCAAUCCAUACCGACCACCACCUCCUCAUCGUCUCCAUCAGCCAUCAGCUCGUCGUCCACUUCAUCGGCCGCUUCGGGUACUUCUCAUUUCAUUCACGACAUACUGAGUCGACCGUCUGCCGCGUUCUCCGCCUCGCAAUCCAACACAGCCUUGAAUACAGCCCUCGCGGGUGCGUUACCCCGAUUCAGUUUAGGCGCCGCAGCCGUCGCACAAGGAAUGUAUUUUAGUCCAAACAACGGCUUAAGUCAUAAGUUGGCCCAAUUGGGUGACCUAUCGGGUCGGCACCUGUACUGGCCCAGUAUGGUUCAAAAUCAGGCACUUUGGAGGGAACGGUUAGCCGGUGCAGUGAGUCAAACGUGUUUAGACAAAGACGGCAAGAAAAAGCACACCAGACCUACAUUUUCAGGCCAUCAGAUCUAUGUGCUCGAGAAGACCUUUGAACAAACAAAGUAUUUGGCCGGUCCUGAGAGGGCCAAACUCGCCUAUGCCUUAGGAAUGUCCGAAAGUCAAGUCAAGGUUUGGUUCCAAAACAGACGAACCAAAUGGAGAAAAAGACACGCGGCAGAGAUGGCAACCGCUAAGAAGAAGCAUCAAAACAACUUAGACCUCUCCGGACAGGCGUCGGACAUGUCUUCAGAUGAAGGCGAAGAUGAGCUGACAGACAAGCGGCUCAAGAAAGAGCACCCGUUUUUGACACAUGCGAUGACAUUACCCCCGAGUUAGGGGUACUUUUUGUUGAGACACUCGUGUGAAGUGCAG